GAUGUCAAAGCUGUUCUCCAAGAUACACAUGCAUCUCUUGAAACAAGAGAAUCGGCACCUACCUUGGCAGGUGGGGCAUCAGGUGACGAUCGUCGCCGGAGGCAUCGACGCAGGGCUCGAGACUCUACCAAAGAACGUCGUAGCGGCCAUUCUACAGAAAAUCUCUCUCGUUUGGUGGCUCAACCCUGCGAAACAGAGUUGACUUGUGAUUCGCUUCGUGUCGGUCCAAACAGUGUUUGGCGGUCAACUGGGGCAUCGCGGGGACUCGUCUGUGUACUCAGCUCUGGUGAAGAAGAAGAGCGCGAGCGUGCAGCCUCUGCCCACUCCAGUCUUUUCCGACCUGAUUUUGUCCAGCAUCAGCAGCACCAUUAUCACCAGCCUCCGUCUCAUCAUCAUUCCCGUGCAGUCCCUGGGGAACCAAUUGGCAGUGGCUAUCGGCGCCUGGGAAGUGAUCGAGACAAUCUCUAUUCCGACGACCUCGUCCGCGACCUGCGCCCGGGGCUUUUUAUUAGGUCUGUAGACGAAGAUGAUGGGGCAUCUGCACCUAACGCAGGCAAAAGUUUUGUUGAUGAUGAAGUGACUGGUGAUGGGGAUGAGGAUGAAGAUGAGGAAAGGUGUGCUACGCCGCCGAUCUGUCAUAUAAAUUCUUCGGGCAUAUUACAGAAACGUCAUUCAGCCUUGCGGGUACCUACGGAUAAGUAG